CCCGAUAUGAUCACGUGGUCUUCCAAGAUGGCCGCGCCCUGUAGCACUGUGGAAUAACAACCGACAGUUAAGUGCCCAUUGGUUACGACAGACUCUUACAGAAAGAUACACAGGAGUAUCUCCUUCGCCCAGUGGACAUGAGCAACGACCGGUUUUUACUGCCUAAAGACUUCCCUCCGCUGCUGAAUGAUACAUUUCUGCGAGCAGCAUGGGGAGAAAAAACCGAACAUGUCCCUGUCUGGUGUAUGAGACAGGCUGGUCGAUAUCUGCCAGAGUUCCGUGAGGCCAGAGCAGGGAAGGACUUCUUUGAGACGUGUCGAUCACCAGAGGCCUGCUGUGAGCUCACUCUGCAGCCUCUGAGACGUUUUCCCUUUGAUGCUGCCAUUAUCUUCUCUGAUAUUCUGGUCGUGCCUCAGGCCUUGGGUAUGGAUGUCCAAAUGGUUCCAGGUAAAGGCCCUACGUUUCCAACCCCCCUGAAAGACCCUGAAGACCUGCAGAGGCUGCGUGUCAAAGUUGACGUGGACAAGGAACUUGGCUACGUUUUCAACGCCAUCACACUGACCAGACACAAGAUCGAGGGCAAAGUGCCGCUUAUAGGAUUCACUGGAGCUCCGUGGACGCUCAUGUCCUACAUGAUCGAGGGCGGUGGCUCCACCACCCACUCUAAGGCAAAGCGCUGGCUGUACAGAUACCCCGAGGCCAGCCACAUGCUGCUGAGGAUGCUGACUGAUGUGAUUGUGGAGUAUCUGCUGGGGCAGGUGACAGCGGGAGCUCAGGCUCUACAGGUUUUUGAUUCCCACGCCGGAAUCUUGGGGCCUGUUGAGUUUAGUGAGUUCUCGUUGCCUUACCUCCGAGACAUCGCCUGUCGAGUUAAAGACAAACUGAAGCAGACGGGACAAGAUGUUCCCAUGAUUGUGUUUGCAAAGGAUGCUCAUUACGGACUAGAGGACCUGUCACAGUCUGGUUAUGAGGUGGUUGGACUGGAUUGGACCAUUAACCCAAGUUCUGCAAGGGAGCUCACAAGAGGAAAGGUCAGCCUCCAGGGGAACAUGGAUCCAUGUGCACUCUAUGCUCCAAAGGAACGCAUUUCCAACAUUGUUAAAAAGAUGCUGGAGGGCUUUGGGACACAGAGAUACAUUGCGAACCUGGGCCACGGUCUUUAUCCUGACAUGGACCCAGAGCAUGUUGGUGCCUUUGUUGAAGCUGUGCAUCAACAUUCUACAGAGAUGAAUAAACAAGAGUAGACGUCACAGUGGGGAGGAAAUGUGCAAACAUUUGUGCAGGGGGAACAAAACGUUAAUGUACAGAAACUCUGUUUGAAUAAUAAAAAAACUGAAAAAUGA